AUGAAAAAGCUGAUCGUUUUAAGCAUUCUUUUCACGCUGAGUUCCGGGUUUGAUUUGACGAUUUUACACACCAACGAUGUCCACGCACGUUUCGAGCAGUUUGAUGGAAGAGGCAAGCGAUGCUCGGACAACGAAGCUCAAGCGGGAGUAUGCUUUGGAGGAAUCGCACGUCAAUGGACCAAAAUUCAAGAAAUUCGCAACUCUGAGCAGAACGUGAUUUUGUUGGACGCCGGAGACCAGUUCCAAGGCACUUUAUGGUAUACGUUGUACAAGGGCAAUGUUUCAGCAUACUUCAUGAAUUUGUUUCAAUUUGACGCAAUGGCUUUCGGUAACCACGAGUUUGACAGCGGCAUAGACAGCUUAUUGUAUUUUCUUCGAAGCGUCACUUUUCCCGUUUUGAGUGCUAACAUCGAUGCCCAAAACGUCCCAGAAAUGCAAGGGACGUAUCAAAAGUCCACGGUGCUGAACGUGAAUGGGGAACAGAUAGGAAUUGUGGGUUACGCGUUCAGAUACACGCCUCUCGUUUCAAACCCAGGAGCUUUAAUUUUCACCGAAGAAGUGGCUGCAGUACAGGAAGAGGUUAAUAAACUGAAAUUACAGGGCAUUAAUAAAAUUAUUGCACUGGGUCACUCCGGCUUUCCUGUCGAUAGAAAGAUUGCUGAAGAAGUUGAUGGGGUGGACAUUGUUAUUGGUGGCCGGACGAACACAUUUCUUUAUACUGGCACUCCUCCGUCCACGGAGCAACCCGAUGGUGUGUAUCCUACUGUGUUGAGAAGAGGAGGAAGCAACGUGUUAAUAGUCACAGAUUUCAAGUUUGCCAAAUAUCUAGGUUACCUACAAGUAACUUUUGAUGACGCAGGGGAACUGACGUCAUGGAAUGGCAAUCCAAUCUUAUUGGAUGAAAGUGUUCUACAAGACAGUGGAAUAUUAACUGAGAUGCAACCAUGGAAACAACCUGUGAUCGAAUUAGGUCAAACAAAGAUCGGAACCACUUUGGUCGAGUUAAACGAUGUUAUAUCUUGUCGUAGAAAUGAGUGCAGUUUAGGGAACCUCAUAGCAGAUGCAAUGGUGUACAAGUAUCUGAAAUCCAAUGACGGAACAAGGUGGACCAAUGCCUCUAUUGGAAUGUGGAAUAGCGGCGCGAUGCGUGAGCCAAUUGACAUAGGUGACAUAUUAGUGUCAAACGUCCUGAGAACUAUCCCAUUCGAAAAUGCAGUUGACAUUGUCAGAAUUAACGGCAGCACUUUGUGGGCAGUCAUGGAACAUUCCGUUUCCUUACAAGAGAGUAAUACGGGUCGUUUCCUGCAAGUCUCGGGUCUUCGAGUUGUGUAUGACCUGUCUAAGCCAGUGGGCAGUCGAGUGGCCAGCAUUGACGUCAGGUGCGCUGACUGUACAGUCCCCGAGUUCCAGCCCCUCGUUCAGACAAAAUCAUACGAUGUGGUCACUAGCACCUAUAUACUUGAGGGAGGGGAUGAGGACUUGGAUGCAGAUGUUGUGAUGUCCUACAUCACACAGUACUCGCCGAUAAUUCACGGCUUGGAAGGCAGAAUUCGGUAUGUCAGCGAUAUCAACUGCAAUUUUCAGGAAACACCGCCGAGUGAACCUAUAGGGGGACCUAUAAGCCUACAACCACCGCCUUUGGGCUUUUUAGGAAACUUCCUAAUAAAUUUUCUUGGCUAA